UGCUUUGGAUGAUGCACGACUGAUGUUUGAUGAAAUGUCUCAGAGAGGGGUAGGAGAUGUGGUUUCUUGGAAUUCUAUCAUUGCUGCUUAUGUUCAGACUGGUGAUCCUGCCACUGCACUAAAGAUGUUUGACAGGAUGACUGGGCAAGGUGACUUUAGACUUCUGCCAGAUGCUGUGAGCCUUGUCAACAUACUUCCGGCUUGUGCUUCUGUUGGUGCAUGGCUUCGAGGUAAACAGGUUCAUGGCUACGCGGUUAGGAGUGGGUUGUUUGGGGAUGUGUUUGUUGGUAAUGCUAUAGUAGACAUGUAUGCAAAGUGUGGAUCGAUGGACAAAGCGAACAACGUUUUUGAGCAAAUGAAGGUGAAGGAUGUGGUUUCUUGGAAUGCAAUGGUUACAGGAUACUCUCAGAUUGGUAGAUUUGAGGAUGCUCUUGGAUUGUUCGAGGAUAUGCGGGAGAAGGAAAUUUUGUUGGAUGUAGUGACCUGGAGUGCUGUAAUUGCAGGUUAUGCUCAGAGGGGUCGUGGAUAUGAAGCCCUUGAUGUCUUUAGGCAAAUGCGAAUUCGUGGGUCACAGCCCAAUGCUGUUACUCUUGUGUCCCUACUUUCUGCAUGUGCUUCUGUUGGAGCAUUGCUUCUGGGAAAGGAGACUCAUUGUUACGCUAUCAAAUGCCUUCUUUACUUAGAUGGGAAUGAUUCUGGGGAUGAUCUAAUGGUAAUCAAUGCUAUAAUAGAUAUGUAUGCCAAGUGCAAAUGUCCCAAAAUUGCUCAUUCCAUGUUUGGGUCUGUGGCACCAAAGGAUAGGAAUGUGGUGACUUGGACUAUCAUGAUUGGUGGGUACGCACAGCAUGGGGAAGCCAAUGAUGCAUUAGAACUUUUCUCUCAGAUGCUAAAACAUAAAAGCUCUCUAAUUCCAAAUGCAUUCACUAUAUCUUGUGCCUUGAUGGCUUGUGCUCGUCUGGGUGCUCUAAGGAUGGGUCGGCAGAUUCAUGCUUAUGUCUUACGAAAUCAAUAUGAGUCCACCAUGUUGUUCGUGGCCAACUGCCUCAUAGACAUGUAUGGCAAAUCUGGAGAUGUUGAUGGGGCCAGAGUUGUGUUCGACAACAUGUACCAGAGGAAUUCUGUCUCUUGGACAUCUCUAAUGACAGGAUAUGGCAUGCAUGGUCGUGGUGAGGAGGCUCUCCAAGUUUUUGAUGAAAUGAAGAAAACAGGUCUACCCAUAGAUGGUGUAACUUUUGUUGUUGUGCUCUAUGCCUGUAGCCACUCAGGAUUGGUUAACCAGGGAAUCAAAUACUUCAACAGCAUGAAAACAGAGUUCAGGGUUGAUCCUGGGGUGGAACACUAUGCUUGCAUGGUUGACCUUUUGGGUCGCUCUGGUCGAUUGGAUCAAGCUAUGAAACUCAUCAAAGGCAUGCCUAUGGAACCAAAUCCGAUAGUGUGGGUAGCAUUGCUUAGUGCUUGUAGAACUCAUGCAAAUGUUGAGCUUGGGGAAUAUGCUGCUGGUCAGUUGUUAGAAUUGGAGUCGGAGAAUGAUGGGUCAUAUACACUUUUGUCAAAUAUAUACGCCAAUGCUAGACGCUGGAAAGAUGUGGCCAGGAUCAGAUCUUUGAUGAAACACACAGGGAUUAAAAAAAGGCCUGGCUGCAGUUGGGUCCAAGGAAAAAAAGGUACGGCAACCUUUUUCGUGGGGGACCGAUCUCACCCGCAGUCUGAACAGAUUUAUGAUACCCUUGGAGACCUAAUUGAUCGCAUCAAAGCUAUUGGCUACGUGCCUGAGACGAGCUUUGCUCUUCAUGACGUAGAUGAUGAGGAGAAAGGCGACCUCCUUUUCGAACAUAGUGAGAAGUUGGCUCUUGCUUAUGGCAUUCUCAUAUCAGCUCCAGGUGUGCCCAUUAGAAUCACCAAGAACUUGCGUGUCUGUGGUGAUUGCCAUAUUGCCAUUACCUACAUUUCUCAGAUCAUUGAACACGAAAUUAUAUUGAGGGACUCGAGUCGCUUCCAUCAUUUUAAAAAUGGAUCUUGCUCUUGCAGAGGAUACUGGUGAAGGCAGACUCACGCUAGUCUACAUAAGUAAUUGGAUUUGUAUAAAGUUAGAAAUGGAUGGAGAUCAGACUGCAACCCUGAACACAAAAAAUUAUGCGGGGCAGAUGGAAGCUUGUAUUAUUCAACUACUUAGGAGAAAGAUUCUUUAUUGAUUAGAACUGACAAGGUUUGCAAAAGGAUGUACUGAGUGCACAAGCUUGUAUUUGUUCUGAAGAUCAUAUGAAUAAUUUAAUGGUGGCAUGGGGGGUAUCUAUUCCCUUACGUUGUCCUGGGAGCUUCAAAAGUCAAUGUCUUGAGAGUAACCGGCAUAGUUAUUAUUGCAGGAAGGGUUUUUGUAUUUCAUUUUGAGCUCAUGCUGAGGGCAUCAGGAAGGCAAAAUUAUCUGCUUCAACUCCCGUACUUAGAGGUGUUGAGAAACCCAUGACGAGGAUGACAGAAACCAGCUCCCUUGAUGAUAUUUCCAAAUGAGGAACAGGGUCAGGGAUAUGGCCGAAUGCAAAAAACAGCAUAACUAUUUGGUGCUGUGUUCGUUGAAGUUAAAUCUCUGCUUGCCUUUCUAAGACCAGUGCAGUGAAAUCCAACCAGAGUUUGAUCUCUAUGUUGGGGCUUAUGUUUACUCUUGAGGGGAUAAUUUAUCUGUUUUCCUUUACAUAUAGUGUUGGUUUUUUUUUACAGUCUAGUUUGUAUAUGUGAUCCGGAUGAUGACCCGACCCCGAAAUAAUGUUGUGUAGUUUUUU